AUGGAUAGGAUCAUUGAGCUCCCUGACUUUCUACAGGAUGUAGGUCGAAUAAAGCAUAUGUGUUACACUGGUGGUGAAGAAUAUGGUAGGGAAUCGAUGGAUAAGGAAGUUUCUGCUGGGAAGUUUGAUCCUAAUGUUACUAGCUCCACUUCCAUUCAUACUAGAGAAAUGACGGAUGUUAUUGAUUCAUUUGUCACCUAUGACUAUGCCACCUUGAUGAAGCUGGGCUCUUUGGAUAUCAAUGUUCUUCACCAACUUUGUGCAGAUGACGACAGUGGUGGAGCGGGUCCCAACGAUGCUAUAAAAAUCACCAGCCUAUAUGGAGAAAUGGUUAAGUGA